GCUACCAAGAUCAUCGACUUUACGAAGAAAUCCCCCACUUUCACCUGCCAAGAUAGUCCCGGUCUGUCAGUCAUGUUUCCAAUCAAUCAUGACAGUUAAUUCAGAUAGGUGAUUCACGAGUAUUGAGGUUUUUCUAAACAAACAAAUAUAACGCCACCCAUAUUCGGAAGUAGGAAGCCUUUUCUUAUCACCGUUUCAAUUGCCCCCUUUUAGAUUAUUACGUUACUUUUAAUGGGAAGAGCUAUCAUUUGCCAGUUAAGCGAAAACCUUAACUCUGACAUUAUCAAAAUUACAACCUUGUGUUCUAUUUUCGGAGACUCCUCUAUCUACGAAAAGGGCUCUUGACAUUCUCAGCGGGAUAUUUCCAUUACCAGAUAGAGCUCCAAACGUGACAAAACUUUGAAUUUAAAGCCUACACCUUGAGGCUCUUAUAUAAAAGACUCUUUCAACGUGAAACUGAACUCAGUUUUUUUAACUUCAGAAAGUUACUAUGUUGAUUUUCGUGCUGCCUUUGAUUUUGUGGAGUUCCUGUGCCUUCAGCCAGAUUCUAUAUCCUCCUCAGUACACAACUAACCGCAUAGUGGGCGGCGAGGAGGCCGCCGAGGGCAUAGCCCCCUACCAGAUAUCCCUCCAAGGAGCCGCCAGUGGCUUACACUCCUGCGGGGGAGCCAUUAUCGACGAACGGUGGAUCAUAACGGCCGCCCACUGUACCAGGGGCAAGGAGGCUUCGGCUUUUCGAGUCCUGACAGGUACUCAAGACUUGGACAAGAAUGUCACAAAGUACUACUACCCGGACAGGAUAGUGGAGCAUUGCAAUUACGCGCCAAGGCGGUACAUGAACGAUAUAGCUCUGCUCCAUCUGAACGAAUCGAUUCUGUUCGAUGACUCCACCAAACCGGUGGAGCUGGAUCACGAGGCCUUGGUGCCAGGAUCGAAGCUCCUGCUGACAGGGUGGGGGACUUUAUCCUUGGGCGGAGAUGUGCCCAAACGCCUCCAAAGUCUCGAGGUGACAUACGUGCCCUACGAGCAGUGUCGGGCGGCACAUGAUAAUAGCACUCGGGUGGACAUCGGUCAUGUUUGCACUUUCAACGACAAAGGACGGGGCGCCUGUCACGGAGACUCGGGAGGUCCUUUGGUGCACAAUGGCAAGCUGGUGGCUCUCGUCAACUGGGGCAUGCCCUGUGCUCGUGGCUAUCCAGAUGCCCAUGCUUCCAUUUCCUACUACCAUGACUUUAUUCGCACCCACCUGAGUUCUUCCGAAACUGAUGGCUUAGAUGAGAACACCGAAGAAAUGCCCUCAAACAGGGCAAAAGGUCAUUGUAAUUGAACAGUUAACUACUUCCAUUAGAUUAGUCCAAGGCAGAAAAUAAACCUAUCCCAAAAGCCACCAAAAAACACUUU